GUGCUGGCGGUGCCCGGGACCGCGGAGAGCUGGGUCGCUUCUGCGUCCUGCGGUACGGCACAGCGCGGCACCGGGGCCCGCGGGCGGAAGGCAGGCUGGGAAUGGAGUGCAUAGUUUGGAUGUCAGCAGUGGGACAUCUUACCAAACAAAGCAUCCAUGGAACUGUUGUCUAAUCAAUGACUUCUAAGUGUAGGAUCUGUUAGAUUGGAAUCAAGUGUUGCAAGAUGCCAAGUGACGUACUUGAAAGCAGCAGUGAGAUGGAGGAGACAGUGCAGAAAGAGAGCAAAUCUGGAAGCCAGAGCCCUCACCGUGGCUCCAUGAGAAGAGCUGUGGGAACCACUGUCACCUUUGACGGGGAAGCCACUAUGGACCGGAGGAAAAAGAAGAAGAAAGAGUCACGUCCUGAGUCGAUAAUUGUGUAUCGGUCAGAGAAUGAGAGUAAGGUGGAAGAGGAACAGGCAGAUGAAGAAGGAGGGGAGAGGAGCUCUGAGGAAGGCUCCAAGUUCCUGGGUCAGUCCAUGGCAGAUGGUGUCUGGAAUAUGCCUUUAGACAGCCGAUAUGUCACCUUGACUGGAACAAUCACCAGAGGAAAGAAGAAGGGUCAGAUGGUGGAUAUCCAUGUCACACUAACUGACAAAGAGCUGCAGGAACUGGCUAAAUCAAAGGAGCCUCCUAAAGAGGACAUACCUGAGAAGAAGAAGAAAUGUGAUGUUGGACUGGACAGAGGACCCCACAUCGUCCUCUGGACCAUCAUCUGCCUCCCCAUCAUUUUUGUAGUGUCCUUUGUGGUUUCAUUCUACUAUGGAACCAUUACAUGGUACAAUAUCUUCUUGGUGUACAAUGAAGAGAGGACCUUCUGGCACAAAAUCACCUUUUGCCCUUUUUUGAUCAUCUUCUACCCGAUUAUAAUUAUGGUUGUGUCUUUUUCCCUAGGCCUGUACUCAGCUGUGGCCCAGGUAGCAUGGUCCUUUGGGUACUGGUGGCAUGCUGUCAGGGAUAUGGAGAAGGGCUUCUGUGGCUGGCUUUGUAGCAAGCUGGGUUUGGAAGAUUGCUCUCCAUACAGUAUUGUUGAGCUGCUGGAUUCUGACAAUAUCUCAGGUAGUCUCUCUGGCAAGAGUUCUGCACAAGGUGUGGAGACCUCAGCAGUCUGAGCCUUCAUCCUGGCUAACUAUUUUGGGUCAUAUGUGAGUGGUUUUCACCUAAAAAGUAACAUGUUGAUUUUUAAAAAAAUCUAUAUAAAUAUAUAUUUAAACACAAACUUAAUUAAUAAAAUAUUAGGCUGGGAGUCCUCUUUAAUUGUCACAGAAUGCAAGAGUGCUAGCUUCAUGUGGUCUGGGUGGGGAGGUGCAUGGCUCUCCAAGGUUUUGUCAUCUGUUUUACCUAAGUGCAACUUCUGGGAAUAGUGAGAAAAUCCAGGUCUGUGGGGCUCAGCCUGUUUGUGGAGUGGCAAAGAUACAUGCUGAAAAAUCCACUUCUGUAAAGUUAGACUUUACUUUUCAGGAGUAAGACAUAGCAGUGAUCAGCUGACCCACUGAAAAGAAGUCCCCGCUCAGGGAAUGAACAUCAGGAGAUAGGAACCCAUUCAGAGGUGAAGGCUUAAUUCCAGUAUGUGUGAUGUUCCUUCAGUUUCCCUAGAAAGAGUCCAUUUCCAGUCUUUCCAUAAGCUAACUGCUUAGACACUGUCAGAGUUUGACAAACAGACCACUGGAACAGUUGUGCCCAGCCUUUCACUGGGUGAGGGCAGCAUAGCCUCUAACAAAAGCAGACGAGCUCUACACUGAGCUGAAAUGCUCCUAUCACAUGAUGGAAGAGUAGGGCUUGCUCUGUAAAGUGGUGCAUGGAGAGCUGACAGGCCUGUCACCAAGCACCCUCAGGUGAUUGUAGGUGCACAGAUAGGUGCUGAGGACACAUUUGCAUAGGAAGGAAUGGGUUAUGAGAACUGUAGCCAGUGUAAAGUGCAAACAGCUGUGUUAGAGGGAAGCAACAUGUGCUCUGAGGAAGGAUGAUCCAUUUGCAUGUCACUGCAAUGGAGCUGUAGAUCAGUGGCACUUGUAUUUAGGGAAUCUCAAUGAAAUUCAUUCUGGUUUCCAAGUUGCACUCAUAGAAGGGCUGCUGAACCUUCCCUUUGAGAACAGGGGCAUCCCUGUUAAUGCCAGAGCAAACUCCACUAGUGCCUCAGCUCUGGAAAUCUACAUCCCACACAUACUUCCUGGUUAAUUAUAUGGAAGAGCAAUGGAUUAUACAUCCUCCUCCCCUCAUGUCUCAUUUUCAUAAUUGGUUUCCCUCCUUUUGGGACGCUGUGUAGCAUCUUAGUGAGCUCCCAGACCAGCUCUCACCAUAGGCUGGAGAAAUUUUAAUUUUCUCUUUAAAAAAAAUUACUUGCAGAAAAGUUCUUUUUCUGGAUUGACUGUUGGGGUUUUGGCCUAAGGAGGACAUAAGAGAGGUAUAACAAACUCUAAUAGAGGCUGAGUUAGAUGUCUGAAACAUGAUUAGGAACAGGCUGCCCAGGGGUUGUGGAGUCUCCCUCUCUGGAGACACUCAAAACCCACCUUGAUGCAUUUAUAUGUGAUCUGCUCUAGGUGAUCCUGCUCUGACAGAGUGGUUGGACUGGAUGAUCUUUCAAAGUCCCUUCCAGCCCCUAACACUCUGUGAUUCUGUGAUGAUUAAUUUUCUGAGUGCCCUACUAAUUCAGCUGAUGCUACUAGAAAGUCUGGCUCAGCCCCAACCCAGAGGAGCGCCCUAUUUGCAUGCUGUGGGUAGGUAAUUUGUAGUGUGCAGUCAGUCAGGCUGCACAGUCACACAUCUCUAUUGGUGUUUCACUUCCCCAGUCUUCCUAACAGAGGGGGUGCUGCUCUACUCUUAGGGUGGUAAAGAAAGGAAUUCAGAAGCUGGAUUUCACAGGAACUACUGCUUUGUGCUGCAUUUCAAGAAUGAGCUCAAGACUACCCUGACUGUCCUGCUUAGCAUAUAUAUAUACCAGUGAUACAUAACCAAAUCUAUCUGAUCCUCUAGGCCUGACACUGAGAAGUAAGUAAAGUCCCUGCUGCAUCCUUGGACUGUGUCCUUCUUGGAUGUCCAGCCAAGGCAGCCUCUUAGUGCUAACUUGAGAAUUACCAGUUUGACUAGUGACAAGUCAAAUAUCAAGAGCAGGCUUGGCCCCAGACUUCACCAACAAAGCAGAGAUGCUCCCUGGGCACAGGUACAGCCAGGCUGUGUGUGCUGUUUCCUGAUGCUCAGCUUUCAGUCUUUACUGGCUAAGACUUUAAAGAUAAUAAUAAACUUCCACCAAAAAAAAUCAAAAUCAGUAUAACAAUCCCCAACCUGUGAGGCAGUGGCAGGUAAUACACUGGGGUUUGAAGAGCCUGACAUAUGCCUGGGACCAGUUCAAGCAGUGAAAUGCUUUUCAUAUGGCUGUUUGAAUCAAAGAGCUUGAUAUGCUUCUGGAUUAAUGGAGAAGCUGAGGAAGUCAUGACAGAACUGGCAGUCUGUAACGACCCAGCACAGCCACUCUGCUUAAUACUCCUCUACAUGGCAAUCACAGGCUCCUACAUGGCUGGAGGGUGGGAAGAAGUGAUGCUUAACAAGCAUUAAUGGGAAAGAAGGCCUGCUGGCAAGUGUUCUCACGCUUUGCCUAGAGGGACGCUGUUGGCAUGAAAGGAGUGGAUUGUAUAUCUUGGCCCCAACAUGCAGCAAACAAGUGGCUUUUGGGGAAGGAUGGUUGACAAGUGUGCGUUGCUGCAGAGGGAGAAAAACCAAUUCAGCUGUCACUGCUACAGAGCAGCUGUUCAAGGCUAGACGAAAGGCUGGGGUCAGUCACACAAAGAACCUUCAGCUUGCAGAGGGCUUGGAUGAUAAAUACUAGCUCAUUACAGAAUACAACUAUGUGAAAUGUCUGCUGAGCUGCAGGAUUUGCUUUCAGGGUUGCAAACAGCCUGCCAGAGUGGAGACAAAACUAAAUCUGUGCCUCUCAGUGCUAUGUAGUCAGAAAGGAGCAUCAGAGAAGUCAUAGUACCCUCCCUCUGCCAUGGCAGCUAUGCUUCUGGGUUUGGAGGCCACCUUUAGGGGGAUUUACUGGAACAAUCCAUUCCUUACAUUUAACCAAGCUUGCCUCUGCUCCUGCCGUCAGGGUGCUCUGCCAUUGAUUUUGGUGGGGGCUGGUUUAAGCUUGGGGUUAGUUCUGGUGCUAUUUGUAAAAGUUUUAUUCAAACUUUUCACAGAACAACUCUGGAUAGCUUUCUCUCUUGUCUGUUAUCCCUUAGAGCAGUGUGCUUGCUGCAAAAAUAUAUAAUCAUUAUCAACUCUUGUAAUAGAAAUAAAGCACAAUAUUUGGGGUUUUUUUUGCUCUUGUUAUGCCCUUGCUUUUAGAAACUCACAAGUACUUUCUGCUUAUGUGCCAUUGUCAAGCUGCAGGGAAUUCCAGUUACUCUGAUUGUUGAAUGUGGCUUUGGCUGCACUAGUCUGGAUGGGGGUUUUUUUUCAGUAAAGACAGCGUGUGUUUGCAGAUUGUUAUUCUUAAUUGCAUUCCCUUUUUCCAUCCUUGCUGGCCUGGGUGGAGAAUAAAGAUCUAUGUGGCUUUAGAAGAACGUUGCUCUCAAUGCUUCUGCUUGACUUUGUGUUAAAAAUGGUGCUGUGAGAUGGCCAUAGUCAUUCUAUACUGAUCAUUGAAUACAAGCCAUUAUCUUUGAAUAGCCACUUUAUAGUGUCUGAAAUGGGUCUCAGUGUGCCUGUCCAGAACUGUCAGAUAUCUAGGAUUUGGGAUCUUCUUUGUUUUUACUUCAUAUUGCACAAAUGAAAACCUUUGCUUUAGUUCACUUAUUUGGUAUCUGUUUGGCUUUGGCUC